GAAGAACCCUUCAAUAACAGUCUGAUAUAUAAUCUCUUCCAUGGGAAGAUCAAAGCUGCUGAAUUAAAUAAUUAUCAGUUCACAGAGAUGUUUGGAUCGGUCGGAGUAACCGCCGUUAUGCUUACGUUAGAGGCGAUGGAUGUGGGCAUUAACACUGUAAAUAAAGCAGCAAUGAGCAAAGGCAUGAGUCGCUAUACACUCGUAGUUUACUCUAACUUCAUCGCUGUUUUUCUUCUUCUUUUUUCUUCCUUCAUCUUUUACAGAAAAAGAAAUGAGCCAGCAAUUACAUUCUCUUUAAUCUGCAGGAUUUUUGUCCUAAGUCUGCUCAGUUGUUGUGGUCAGGUAUUUACCAAUAUUGGAAUAGGAUACAGCUCUCCAACUCUAGCUUCUGCCAUGAUUGAUUUAACUCCGGCUUUUACCUUCAUUCUUGGAGUCUUCGCAAGGAUGGAAAUCCUGAAUUUCAGGAUGAAAAGUAGUCAGGCAAAGUGUAUCGGCACAAUGGUAUUGAUCACCGGAGGAUUAAUUUUUACUUUAUACAAAGGUCCGUCGAUUACAGGUGGCGAUGACGAUGAUGACUUACAGAAAAAAAUGAUUUUCUCAUCUCCAUCAAACUGGGCAAUUGGAGGAUUUUUCCUUUCAGUUCAUAGUUUCAUCCUGGCUCUAAUCUAUAUAGUCCUGACUUGGAUAAUCAGGGAUUAUCCUUCAGAACUCAUGAUCACACUCUUAAAUUCAACAAUGGUGACCGUUUUUUCAGCCUCAGUUUCAUUGGUAGCAGAAAAAGAUCCAAAUGCUUGGACAAUCACUCCUGAUAUUCAGUUACUAUCCAUUAGCUUUACGGCAGUUUUUGGUGUGUCACUUCGAACCAUAGUGCAUACAUGGGCAUGUCACAAGAAAGGACCUGUCUACACUUGCAUGUUCAAACCACUUGGAAUGGUUAUAGCUGUAUUUAUGGGAGUUUCUUUUCUUGGAGACAAUCUCUAUCUUGGAAGUGUGAUAGGAGGUGGUACAAUUGGCAUAGGGUUUUAUGGUGUAAUGUGGGGGAAAAGCCGAGAAGACAAAGAAAGCUGCGGUUUCGAGUCAUCUUCUCUUAAAGCCCCACUUUUACGCAACAAAUUCCUUAAAUUUAUACCAUUUUUGCACUGAAACAAUAUACAUAUGGUACAAUUAAAUAACCCAUGUUUCCACUUAUUGCUAUUUUUGGCUUUUGUAAGUAUUUUUUGGAACAAAGGAUCAAUUCACCUCUUCAA